AUGCCAAAGCCCACGCGCACCACCGUCGCGGUCGGUGUCCUGUUUGUUGCCCAUGCAGUCUAUGCUGCAUGCGUCAUCGCACUCGAGGCGUCCAUGUACGGCGAGCUCCUCAAGCGACCAAAUGCUCGCACGCUGAGCAUCGUGCUCCUCCUCGCGAGUGCUGCCGGCCUCGCGCACCUCGUCUGGACGCGGAACGUCCCGUCGCCCAAUGUGUGCAUCUUGCUCUUGGUCCUCGACGUUGUCUGCGUCAGCGUGCUGCUAUCGACGGCGGUGAACGCCGGCGCUCACAACCCGUGGAACCCGAUGCCCUCUGAGAACAAGUACCCGGUCGGAGGCGCGACCGUCUUUGCCAAAGCGUACUGUGCGAGCCAAGGCCACCGCGUGUGCAGCGCGUUUCCUCUUGUCCAAACGAUCCGCAACCUCUCGACGCUGCCAGCCACGUUGCUCACCGUGACGGUGACCUCGUCGACGACCCUCGAGCACUUUUGUGCGAAUGCGCACUUGCCGCCAGUGCCGAGUCUCUUCAACAUGACGUCACCCAACGACAUGCUUACGCCGGCGUACUUGUUGUGUGAUGAGACCGACUACACGCCUAUAUGUGCCUGUAUCAACUAA